AUGAUAAAUAUAUCCAAAUUGACUGGUUACAACAAACAGGACAUUCGAAACGUGGUACUAUUACUACAGGAGUUUGUUAAAACCUAUAAAGACAACAAAAUCAAGUUAAACUAUCAGAGUCGACCAGUCAUUUUAUUCUUGAGUACUUUAAUUGCAACAGCGGGUAUUGGUGUUUUCUUUACAUUUAGAAGCAUUGUCACCAAGUAUAAUGAAUAUGUAUUAAGCAAAAGAUUGAGACGUCCAAGUCUUAUUAGACAAUCCUCAAAUAUUUUAAAAAAUGGUUCCCGUGAAAUCUUUAUCCAAAAGGGAAAUGGAAAAGUGACAAGAAUUAUUAUUCCUAAAGCCAACAAUGAUCAGUAUGCCGCUGAUAAAUAUUUAUAUAAAGAUUUUGCACGUAAUGAACAAAUAUUACAACAGCAAAAGGGUCGACUUUUCAAUUCAAGAUUUUUGAAUCAAUUAACCAUCAUCUGGAAAAUCUUGAUUCCAAAAUUUUAUUGUCAAAACACUUCUUUGUUGUUGUCCCAAUGUUUCUUUUUGAUUUUUAGAACUUGGUUAUCUUUAUUAAUUGCAAAAUUAGAUGGUCAAAUAGUGAAGAACUUGAUUGCAGCCGAUGGUAGGAAAUUCGCCCGUGAUUUGAUCUAUUUCUUGUUGAUUGCUUUCCCUGCUUCUUAUACCAAUGCCGCCAUUAAAUAUUUAGAAUUAAGAUUGGCUUUGGGAUUUAGAACAAAUUUAACCAGGUAUAUUCAUGAUAUGUACUUGGACAAAACCAUGUCCUAUUACAAAGUUGGCUUGAGUGGGGCUGAUAUACAAAACAUAGACCAAUACAUCACUGAAGAUGUAACCAAAUUCUGCUUAUCGUUAUGUUCGUUAUUUUCAUCUAUGGGUAAGCCAUUUAUCGAUUUAAUUUUCUUUAGUGUUUAUUUGAGAGAUAAUUUGGGGACUGGGGCUAUUAUUGGUAUUUUUGCUAAUUAUUUUGCUACUGCCAUCAUGUUGAAAAAAGCAACCCCGAGGUUUGGAAAAUUAGCUUCCAAGAGAACACAUUUGGAAGGGGUUUAUUUCAACCAACAAUUGAACAUAAUGACCAAUAGCGAAGAAAUUGGUUUCUAUAAAGGAUCUAAAAUUGAAAAAUCAAAGCUUGCAGAGAAUUUCCAAAAAUUGAUGGAUCAUAUGUCUCAAGAAAUAAAUCUCUCAUCAAGUUACGCUGCAUUAGAAGAUUAUGUGCUUAAAUAUACCUGGCUGGCUUGGGGUUAUAUCUUUUCUGGUCUUCCGGUUUUCUUGGAUGUACUUUUCCCUAAAGAAGACCCGGCAAGUGGUCAUAUUGCUGAUAUUCAUGAUGAUGAACAUGGUCAUGCUAAUACAGAAGACACAAAUUCGACUACUGAAAAUAUGAAAACAUUUGUCACCAACAAACGUUUAUUGUUGAGUCUUGCGGACGCUGGGUCUAGAUUGAUGGUUAGUUUGAAAGAAGUGACCACAUUAACUGGUAUUACUAAUAGAGUGUUUAACAUGUUGACACAACUCCAUCGUGUACAUGAUCCUAAAUUUGAUUAUGGUGAUAAGUAUGGUUUGACAGAUAUCCAUGGUACUUACCAAUUGAAUUAUGAUGGUUUGAGAUUAGAGCACGUUCCAAUUACUGUUCCUACUUCAGAAGGUUCAUAUGCCGAACCGUUAAUUCCUGACCUUACCUUUGAUAUCAAGGGUAAAAACUUGUUGUUUGUUGGACCAAAUGGUUCUGGGAAAACUUCUGUUGCUAGGGUUCUUGCUGGCCUUUGGCCCUUGUAUGCCGGGUUAGUUCUGAAACCGCUGGAUCUUUUCUUCAACCCACAGAAAAGUUAUUUCACUUCUGGAAGUUUGCGUGAUCAAGUUGUUUAUCCAAACAGGUCUGAAAAUGCAACAAAUGAUCAAAUUUUCCAUAUUUUGCACUGCGUUAAUUUGGAUCAUAUUGUUAAACGUUAUGGAUUGAAUCAGAAUUUGGAUUUUGCUAAGACUUUAAGUGGUGGAGAAAAGCAAAGAUUAAGUUUUGCUAGAAUAUUGUUUAACAAACCAAGUAUUGUAAUUCUAGAUGAUUCCACGUCGGCUUUAUCGCCAGAUAUGGAGGAAUUGAUGUAUCAAGUGUUGCAAGAUCAUAAAAUCAAUUACGUCACACUUUCCAAUCGUCCUUCACUUAGUAAAUUUCACGAUAAAGUAUUUGAAAUAUAG